AGUCUGGGAAGGGCUUGACUGAGUGGCAGCCAGUGUCGGGGUGGCAACUGGGAAUGGGGCCGCUCCAGACUUCCGCUGCCAACUACAAGGGGGCGGAUCCGAGGGGGUAGGCCGAAGUUGUAGGCGGGGCCUGAGGCUCUAGUACCCAAGCUUCUUCUAGGGACGGGAAGUCGCGACCAGAGCCAGUGGAGGGCGCGGGGACUGCAACCCUAAUCAGAGCCCAAAUGGCGCAGUGGGAAAUGCUGCAGAAUCUUGACAGCCCCUUUCAGGACCAGCUGCACCAGCUUUACUCACGCAGUCUCCUGCCUGUGGACAUUCGACAGUACUUGGCUGUCUGGAUUGAAGACCAGAACUGGAAGGAAGCUGUACUCGGGAAUGAUGAUUCCAAGGCUACCAUGCUAUUCUUCCACUUCUUGUAUCAGCUGAACUAUGAGUGUGGCCGUUGCAGCCAGGACCCAGAGUCCUUGUUGCUGCAGCACAAUUUGCGGAAAUUCUGCCGGGACAUUCAGGCCUUUUCCCAGGGCCCUACUCAAUUGGCUGAGAUGAUCUUUAACCUCCUUCUGGAAGAAAAAAGAAUUUUGAUCCAGGCUCAGAGGGCUCAACCGGAGCAAGGAGAGCCAGCUCUCGUAACACCUGUGGAGAGCCAGCAACAUGAGAUUGAAUCCCGAAUCCUGGAUUUAAGGGCUAUGAUGGAGAAGCUGGUAAAAUCCAUCAGCCAACUGAAAGACCAGCAGGAUGUCUUCUCCUUCCGAUACAAGAUCCAGGCCAAAGGGAAGACACCUUCUCUGGACUCCCAUCAGACCAAAGAGCAGCAGAUUCUGCAGGAAACUCUCAAUGAACUGGACAAAAGGAGAAAGGAGGUACUGGAUGCCUCCAAAGCACUGCUAGGCCGAUUAACUACCCUAAUCGAGCUACUACUGCCAAAGUUGGAAGAGUGGAAAGCCCAGCAGCAAAAAGCCUGCAUUAGAGCUCCCAUUGACCACGGGUUGGAACAGCUGGAGAAAUGGUUCACAGCUGGAGCAAAGCUGUUGUUUCACCUGAGGCAGCUGCUGAAGGAGCUGAAGGGACUGAGUUGCCUGGUUAGCUAUCAGGAUGACCCUCUGAUCAAAGGGGUGGACCUACGCAACGCCCAGGUCACAGAGUUGCUACAGCGUCUGCUCCACAGAGCCUUUGUGGUAGAAACCCAGCCCUGCAUGCCCCAAACUCCCCAUCGACCCCUCAUCCUCAAGACUGGGAGCAAGUUCACCGUCCGAACAAGGCUGCUGGUGAGACUCCAGGAAGGCAAUGAGUCACUGACUGUGGAAGUCUCCAUUGACAGGAAUCCUCCUCAAUUACAAGGCUUCCGGAAGUUCAACAUUCUGACUUCAAACCAGAAAACUUUGACCCCCGAGAAGGGGCAGAGUCAGGGUUUGAUUUGGGACUUUGGUUACCUGACUCUGGUGGAACAACGUUCAGGUGGUUCAGGAAAAGGCAGCAAUAAGGGGCCACUAGGUGUGACAGAGGAACUGCACAUCAUCAGCUUCACGGUCAAAUAUACCUACCAGGGUCUGAAGCAGGAGCUGAAAACGGACACCCUCCCUGUGGUGAUUAUUUCCAACAUGAACCAGCUCUCAAUUGCCUGGGCUUCAGUUCUCUGGUUCAAUUUGCUCAGCCCAAACCUUCAGAACCAGCAGUUCUUCUCCAACCCCCCCAAAGCCCCCUGGAGCUUGCUGGGCCCUGCUCUCAGUUGGCAGUUCUCCUCCUAUGUUGGCCGAGGCCUCAACUCAGACCAGCUGAGCAUGCUGAGAAACAAGCUGUUCGGGCAGAACUGUAGAACUGAGGAUCCAUUAUUGUCCUGGGCUGACUUCACUAAGCGAGAGAGUCCUCCUGGCAAGCUACCAUUCUGGACAUGGCUGGACAAAAUUCUGGAGUUGGUACAUGACCACCUGAAGGAUCUCUGGAAUGAUGGACGCAUCAUGGGCUUUGUGAGUCGGAGCCAGGAGCGCCGGCUGCUGAAGAAAACCAUCUCUGGCACCUUUCUACUGCGCUUCAGUGAAUCGUCAGAAGGGGGCAUUACCUGCUCCUGGGUGGAGCACCAGGAUGAUGACAAGGUGCUCAUCUACUCUGUGCAACCGUACACAAAGGAGGUGCUGCAGUCACUCCCGCUGACUGAAAUCAUCCGCCAUUACCAGUUGCUCACUGAGGAGAAUAUACCUGAGAACCCAUUGCGCUUCCUCUAUCCCCGAAUCCCCCGGGAUGAAGCUUUUGGGUGCUACUACCAGGAGAAAGUUAAUCUCCAGGAACGGAGGAAAUACCUGAAACACAGGCUCAUUGUGGUCUCUAAUAGACAGGUGGAUGAACUGCAACAACCGCUGGAGCUUAAGCCAGAGCCAGAGCUGGAGUCGUUAGAGCUAGAACUAGGGCUGGCGCCAGAGCCAGAGCUCAGCCUCGACUUAGAGCAACUGCUGAAGGCAGGGCUGGAUCUGGGGCCAGAGCUAGAGUCUGUGCUGGAGUCCACUCUGGAGCCUGUAAUGGAGCCCACACUAUGCAUGGUAUCACAAACAGUGCCAGAGCCAGACCGAGGACCUGUGUCACAGCCAGUGCCAGAGCCAGAUUUGCCCUGUGAUCUGAGACAUUUGAACACUGAGCCAAUGGAAAUCUUCAGAAACUGUGUAAAGAUUGAAGAAAUCAUGCCGAAUGGUGACCCACUGUUGGCUGGCCAGAACACCGUGGAUGAGGCUUACGUCUCCCGCCCCAGCCACUUCUACACUGAUGGACCCUUGAUGCCUUCUGACUUCUAGGAACCACAUUUCCUUUGUUCUUUUCAUAUCUCUUGCCCUUCCUACUCCUCAUAGCAUGAUGUUGUUCUCCAAGGAUGGGAAUCAGGCAUGUGUCCCUUCCAAGCUGUGUUAACUGUUCAGACUCAGGCCUGUGUGACUCCAUUGGAGUGAGAGGUGAAAGCAUAACAUGGGCACAGAAGGGACAACAAUGAAUCAGAACAGAUGCUAAGCCAUAGGUCUAAAUAGGAUCCUGAAGGCUGCCUGCUGUGCUGGGAGGCAUAGGGGUCCUGGAGGCAGGCCAGGGCAGUUGACAGGUACUUGGAGGGCUCAGGGCAGUAGCUUCUUUUCAGUAUGGAAGGAUUUCAACAUUUUAACAGCUGGUUAGGCUAAACUGCUGCACACUGGCAUUGGCCCUUGGUGGGGAGCACAGACACAGGAUAGGACUCCAUUUCUUUCUUCCAUUCCUACAUGUCUAGGAUAACUUCCUUUCUUCUUUCCUUCACUCCUGACUCAAUCCCUGAAUUUCUUCUUUUCCUGCAGGGGUUGAGAGCUUUCUGCCUUAGCCUACCAUGUGAAACUCCACCCUGAAAAAGGGGAUGGAUAGGAAGUAGAUCUCUUUUUCUUACCAGUCUCCUCCCCUACUCUGCCCCUAAGCUGGCUGCACCCAUUCCUCUCCCAUAAAAUGAUCCUGCCAAUCUAAUGUGCCUGUGAAGCUUUGCACACUAGCUUAUGCCACCUAGUCUCUACUUUCUCAAUGCUUAGGAGACAGAUCACUCCUGGAGGCUGGGGAUAGUAGGAUUGCUGGGAAUUUAGGAAUUGCUUUUUGUUUUUGAAACAGGGUCUCACUCUGUUGCCUAGGCUAGAGUGCAGUGGUGCAAUCACAGCUCACUGCAGCCUCAACCUCCUGGGUUCAAGCAAUCCUCCUACCUCAGCCUCCUGGGUAGCUGGGACCAUGGCAUGCACCACCAUGCCCUAUUGUUUUUUUUCUCUUUUUAGAGACAGGGUCUUGCUCUGUUGCCCAGGCUGGUCUUAAACUCCUGGGCUCAAGUGAUCCUCACGCCUUGGCCUCCCAAAGUGCUGGGAUUACAGACAUGAGCCACUGCACUCGGCCAGGAAUUUUUUUUUUUUUUUUUUUUUUUUUUUUUUUUUUUUGAGAUGGAGUUUCUCUCGUUGUCCAGGCUGGAGUACAAUGGCGUGAUCUCGGCUUACUGCAACCUCCAACUCCCGGGUUCAAGUGACUCUCCUGCCUCAGCCUCCCAAUUAGCUGGGAUUACAGAUCUGCACCACCAUGCCCAGCUAAUUUUGUAUUUUUAGUAGAGACGGGGUUUCUCCAUGUUGGUCAGGCUGGUCUCGAACUCCCGACCUCAGGUGAUCUGUCCACCUUGGCCUCCCAAAGUGCUGGGAUUACAGGCGUGAGCCACCGUGCCUGGCAGGAAUUUCUUUUUAUAGUAUUGGAUAAAGUUUGGUGUUUUUACAGAGGAGAAGCAAUGGGUCUUAGCUCUUUCUCUAUUAUGUUACAAUCCCCCCCUUUUUUGUGCAAUAUGUUGUUUACCUGAAAGGAAGGUUUCUAUUCCUUGGUUGUGGACCUGGACAAAGACCUAGUCUGUGGAACUUAAAACCCUGAAGGUCUGUCAUAGGACUCUGGACAAUCUCACAUCUUAGCUAUUCCUAGGGAACCCCAGGGGGCAACUGACAUUGCUCUAAGAUGUCCUCCUGAUGUAGCUUGAGAUAUAAAUGAAAGGCCCUGCACAGGUGGCUGUUUCUUGUCUGUUAUGUCAGAGGAACAGUUCUGUUCAGAAGGGGGCUCUUCUGAGCAGAAAUGGCUAAUAAACUUUGUGCUGAUCUGGAAA